AUGUGGCUAUCUCAUAUAUAUAAGGGGUACAUCAAGGUGUACGAUACAAUAUACAAGGCAUAUACAAAAGCUAUAUGUAAAUACAUUCUAACGUUCCCCACGCCCCGCAACUUCCCCUUCGUCCUCGCCGCCGACCCCUCCGGCCUUCUCCUCCUCCAGGCCAACCUGCGCUGCGCCCCGACCCGUGAAGUCAUCAAUCGCCCCGACCACCAGGGAGUCACCUGGAAACUCACCGACUCUCGCUACUUCGUGCUCGACACCACCACCGGCUCGUCGUUCCAGCUCCCCGACCCUGAGGCCACCAUCAUGCACCAGGCCCUCCUCGGCCUUUUGGCCUCCCCCGGGGGCGGCGGCCACUACAUGGUCGCUGAGCUCCAGCCCAUCUUCGGCAGCGACGAAGCCACGCUCCUCUGCUUCUCCACGGAGGUAGGAGAGUGGGUCGAGAAGCGCGUCCACUACCCGCUCCCGCCACGCCCGCUGGCUCCCAUCUGCGUGGUCUCGCACCACGGGAGGCUCUGGUGGGUGGACCUCUCAUGGGGCGUCAUCACCUGCGACCCCUUCGCCGACGAGCCGGUCCUGGGCUUCGUUCCCUUCCCGCCGGGGAGGGUGCUCAGGUACAGGGAAGGUUGGGGAGUCACCGACAAGUUCCGUUACGUGGGGGUGAGCGGCGGCAAGCUGCGUUUCGUCGACAUGUACAUGCGUAAGCGUGCAGGUGCUGGUCGUGGCGGCGCUCACACUCCCACGGUAAGCGUGUGGACGCUGGGCGAUCCAGACUCGAGGGAGUGGACGCUGGAGCAAGAGGCGAGCUUUACCGAGAUCUGGGGCGAUGAGAGCUACAAGGCGGCCGGGCUGCCGGAGAAGAUGCCCACGGUCGCGCUCAUUCACCCCAAGAACCCCGACGUGGUCUACUUCUUCCUCAAGGAGCACCUGUUUGGUGUUGACGUGCGUGCUCGCAAGGUGGUGGAGUGCCAGGUGUAUGGUCUUGUUGCGCCGCCGAGCAUCUGCUUGGCCAGCCGCUUCGUUCGGGCUUGGGAGCUGCCACGGGCGCUCUCCUCCUCAGGGGAGUGGUCUAAUGGCAUCAGCUUGGCUGAGAGCGCUAAUGCACGUCCAUACCAGCCAUCGGCAGGGGAUUAUCACUUGGUGGGGGGCUCCAGGAUAGCAUGCAAAGGAUGAACUGGAGGUAGGAACAUGAAGCAGCUAGUAGCUGUUUAUGGGGCUAAGUCAGUUUGCCAUGGCAUUUGUGCUUGCGGAAACACUAUGGAAUAGUACUUGAGUUUUUAUCAUCUCCCCUUGGAUGGAGCACUUGUACCGGAAGUGUGACUUGGGUGUGUGUGCGUCAUCGAUGGUUCCAGUCACCAUUUGAACCGCAUGCCGGGCUGUG